AUGGAAAUUUGUAACAACACCAAUAUACCAGUUAUAGCAAACUUAAAGUUGUCUAUUCAAGCAAAUGAUAAGAAGGUUGAUGCUACCUUGUUUAAGCGUAUUGUAGGAUCACUCAGGUAUGUCUGUAAUAGUAGACUGGAUAUCAGUUAUGGAGUUGGGAUGGUAAGUAGAUUCAUGAGUGAUCUCAUACAAUCCCACCUUGCUACUGCCAAACAUAUAUUGUGUUACUUAAAAGGAACUGCAGACUUCGGUCUUUUCUUUCCCAAGAAGUCUGAUAGCACAGAUGGAGUGUUGAGAGCUUGGAGUUAUUCGGAUUGGUGUGGAGAUCAAGUGGAUAGAAAAAACACAUAUGGCUACUUGUUUAAGUAUAUGGGCGCACCGAUUUCCUGGUGUUCUAAGAAGUAG